UGUGUACCAGUUAAAAUGGCAAUGGCAGACGAAGUUUUGUUUGAAUUUCUUCACAUGGAACUUGUAUCAUAUAUACACAGAUCAUCCCAUAAAUACGAAAAGGAAAACAGCAUUGCCAAAUUGGAAUCAUUGGGCUACAGAGUGGGACAGAGUUUAGUAGAAAGAUUUACUAAGGACUAUCCAAGAUUCAAGGAUGAACUUGACAUAAUGAAGUUCAUGUGUAAAGAUUUCUGGAAUGCAAUCUAUAAGAAGCAAGUGGACAACCUCAGAACUAACCAUCAGGGUGUGUAUGUGCUAUUAGACAACCGGUUUAAAUUCCUAACCCAGAUUUCCAAUGGCAAGCAGUAUAUGGAGUCGGCUCCCAAGUAUUUAGCGUUUCCAUGUGGUCUAAUCCGAGGAGCGUUAUCUAACUUCGGUAUUAACUCUAUUGUCACAGCUGACGUCAGUGCAAUGCCUGCAUGUAAGUUCCAGAUACAGAUUCAGAGAGUGUGAAUGUUCCGGUUCAUUUUGUUAAAACAAGAUUGUGAUGCAAACUGAAUUCUCAUGAAAAGUUCAGUUCUCAAUGGCAGACAAAAUAAAAAGUCAAGGCAGAGGUGUUACCUUAAACCAAGCAAAAGUGUUGCCCCGUAUAGGAGCAGUUUGUCUGUGUUUGCUAUCUCUACAACAUGGGAGCAGUUUGUCUGUGUUUGCUAUCUCUACCACAUGUGAACAGUUUGUCUGUGUUUGCUAUCUCUACCACAUGUGAGCAGUUUACAGUUUUAAAGUGUUGCCCCGUAUAGGAGCAGUUUGUCUGUGUUUGCUAUCUCUACCACAUGUGAACAGUUUAUUUUAUGUCAUGUCAGUAUAGUUAUUUAUUUUAACUUGAUUUCCAAGUUUACUUCAAAUUAAGCUUCAAGCCCAGCAUCCUGGACAGAGAUAGGUCGGUAUAGUGGCCCCACAGCUUUCCAUUAUGUCAUUAAGACUCACUCUCGUUUUCGAACCUACUAGGUCCCAACCCAGGGCCUACAAGCUAGUUCAGGCUAAUGGUUUACUAAAAAAUAUAUUAUUAAACAUUGAUGAUUUCCCUGAUGGUACAGCUUCCACUGCUGACGUGGCACCCAUCCACCAGCCAUCACUAUUGUAACCUAGAACACUAUAAAUCAAAUAUGAGUAUAUGUGAGAAAUAGGUUUGAAGUGUUACACUUCCAAGAGACUCCUUGUAGUGUAGAGGGUAAUCUGCUCGUUGUCAGAUCAUUCAAAUGAAAUCUGGUGAUUACAUUUCAUAAUAAAUUCACUGAAGAGGUAUAUAUAUUUAUAUCUUCUAACCCCAUUUUGUUUUGAGUAAGACAAGUUAAGACUGGUUGAAUUUAGCUGUAUAUUUUUAUACAGUUUACAAAAUACACAUGUAUCUUACACAAAUUAACUCCUGGUAAACCGUUAUCAGAGAAGAAUCAUCAACAAGAAUUAAAAUAACAUUUCAUUAACUAUCGUGUGAAUUUGUAAAUGCUAUAUCAGUCAUUUGAAUGCGUGUGUGUGGACUAAUGGAGUACAUGUAGGUCUUUGUUAAACUCUUUUAUGACAAAAAAAUUAUGUUUAUCUGUUUAUAAAUACAUUUUUGUACUUAAAUUAAUACAUUUUCAGCUCAGCCUUUUCAUUUUUAGCCAAAAGCCAACUAAUUUGCUGUCUGUCCUUAUUAAACUCUUAAUUUAUGACAUAAAAAGUAUGUUUAUCUGUUUAUAAAUACAUUUUUGUACUUAAAUUAAUACGUUUUCAUCUGCCUUUUCAUUUUUAGCCAAAAGCCAAUUAAUUUGCUGUCUGUUUUUAUCAACAAAGACAUUGAUUUGUUUUUUGUGUUUUUAAUCAAAUCAUUGUUAAUGCAUUUUUAGACAGUAGACAUUGUUUAUUCAUUUUUCCUCUAACCAGACCUGAAUCAGAGAAUUAAAUAUUACCAGACUAA